GGCAGGAAACCGGCGACAGCCAACCUGCCAGCCUCCUUCUUCCAAGCUUUCGCAAGCACUCACGGACCGGGUUCAUUUAGGAAAUUACGCCGCCUUCUUCAAGCAUUUUACUUGCUAAAUAAGGAUCAACAAUGGCUGCUAAAAUCAAGGCUGGUUCUGUGGUGGAGAUGCAGGGUGAUGAAAUGACCCGGGUCAUCUGGGAGCUCAUCAAACAGAAGCUCAUCUUCCCCUACCUGGAGCUGGACUUGCACAGUUAUGACCUCGGAAUGGAGAACCGCGAUGCUACGGACGACCGGGUGACUGUGGAGGCAGCUGAGGCAGUGCGACGCUACAGCGUGGGCAUCAAGUGUGCCACCAUCACACCAGAUGAAAAGCGCGUUGAGGAGUUCAAGCUGAAGCAGAUGUGGCGCUCACCCAACGGGACCAUUCGGAACAUACUGGGCGGCACUGUCUUCAGGGAGGCCAUCAUCUGCCGAAACAUCCCUCGCCUAGUACCCGGCUGGGUGAAGCCUAUCAUCAUUGGCAGGCACGCCCAUGGAGAUCAGUACAAAGCCACCGACUUUGUGGUUCCCGGGCCAGGCAAAGUGGAGAUGAUCUACACGCCUCAAAGCGGAGAACAGGUCAAGUUUGUCGUCCACAAUUUUGAAGGCACUGGGGGCGUGGCAUUGGGGAUGUACAAUACAGACAAAUCCAUCAGGGAUUUUGCUCACAGCUCCUUCCAGAUGGCUUUGGUUAAAUGCUGGCCUCUCUACCUCAGCACCAAGAACACAAUCUUAAAGAAGUAUGAUGGGCGAUUCAAAGACAUUUUUCAGGAGAUCUAUGAAAAGGAAUACCGCGCUCAGUUUGAAACCAAAGGUAUCUGGUAUGAGCACCGGCUCAUAGACGACAUGGUGGCCCAGGCCAUGAAGUCAGAUGGAGGAUUCAUUUGGGCCUGCAAGAAUUACGAUGGAGACGUACAAUCCGACUCUGUGGCUCAAGGCUAUGGUUCUCUGGGUAUGAUGACCAGUGUGCUGAUCUGUCCCGACGGACGAACCGUAGAAUCUGAGGCGGCGCACGGCACAGUGACGCGACACUACAGGCAACACCAGCAGGGCAAAGAAACCUCCACGAACCCCAUAGCCUCCAUUUUUGCGUGGACGCGGGGCCUCCUUCACAGGGCAAAACUGGACAACAACGUAGAGCUGCGUGUGUUCUCAGAAGCACUGGAGGCUGUUUGCGUAGAGACCAUCGAGGCGGGCUUCAUGACCAAGGAUUUGGCCAUCUGCAUCAAAGGACUGCCAAAUGUAACACGUGCCGACUACCUGAACACCUUCGAGUUCCUCGACAAGCUGGCAGAGAACCUGAAGGCCAAGCUUGCAAAUCAACCCAAGUUGUGAUGCACCUGGAGACAACAAGAGACACCCACAUUUUCAGAUGGACUUCAGACUGCAAAAUACAUUCAUUCAUUUACACAGGUGGGAGUGGAGUGACUGUACUCAAAUGAAGUACAAUGUAAGAUACAAAAAGCCUUGCAAUUUUUCUUUUUUAAAUCACACAUACCAUAUUAUAUAGGUUUGUGUUUUGGACAAAAAAAUGUGGAGCUAUGCUUUGUUUUGCGCAGUGUCGACAGACAAGCUCAGAGCAAAUUGAUGAUUGAUAAUUCUAAUGUUGAAUAAUAAUGACCUGUUUUUAUGUUUAACCUAUGAAGUUUAAUUCAUUUUUACGAGAGUUGUCCGAUAUUAUUGGCCAGCCGAUAAAAAUCAUCUGAAAAUAACUGUUUUGCGCUAUGAUGUGUACUGGGAUAUAGGUUAAUGUACAAGCCUGCAGCCUUUGUGCAAGGGCUGGUCACACAGUUUUGCACAGCAGCUGUGCUUGCUUGGAGUUGGACAACAUCAGGAUACCGGUAAAAAAGUAAUUAUUGGACAGCUCUGAUUUUUACAUUUACAAAAUUUGGUGUAUUUCUUUGAGUGUUGUGUGUUUGCAUCUUUGUAACAAUAUCCUGCCAUAGAACCUCAUUAAAUUGUCU